AUGGACGCCCCUAAGCCAGGCGCAGGCGAUAUGCAUGAUCAAGCGCCCGAAGUCUCCCUCCGAGGGCAUCAAGAUGAUGGACCUAUACUCGCUACAGCAUAUACGACGAACAGCUUCGACCACAACCCCUCAUAUCAGCAACAGCAAGACAAACCACACACGGGCUUCACGCCGAUCCAGCAACACCAUUUUCUACCGCAAUAUGCCCAAUCUAUGCAGCAUCCAACGCCUCCAUCAUUACCAGCGUCAGCGGAGCGACAACAACAACAGCAAGAGCAAGUGGAUCCUCCAACUCCUCCACAAGCGAAAAGAAAAGGCAAAUGGAUAUGGCCCCUAGCUCUCGUCGUCGCCAUACUCGCAGCUCUCGCAGCAGGCAUCGGUAUAGGCUACGCUGUCGGCGAUAACAAGUCCACAUCUUCCCACCAGGCAAAUAGCACAGACGGCAGCAGCUCCUCCUCCUCCCCCAUCACCACCGGCAACACCGGCAUCACAGCCUACACCUGUUCCCCCUCAACCACCUACGCCUCGCCCUUCGGCACGUCUUUCGCGCAAGAAUGCAACGUAUCCUACAAAACCAACCAAACCGCCUACGACAAUUCCUCCAUCAUCGUCAAAAAUUUCGCCGGUCUAACCGUCUACAAUUUCGAAACGUGCAUGGACGAAUGCGCCAAAAGAAAUUUACAAUUGCGAAUUGGAAAUAUGUUGGGCGAGGAAUGUGUUGCUGUGAGUUUUUAUGCCAAUUUGACGUAUAGUAUUCCUGCGUGGGCGGGGAAUUGUUUUUUGAAAAAUGCAAAGGGGAUUGGGAGGAAUUGGGAUACGAAUAGUAAUGCGAGUUUGACGGCGAGUGGGUAUGUGGUUAGUUUGAGUUGA